AGGGCGAGGAGGAGCAGGAUGAGUGCCGGGCUGCGCCCCGGGAGGAGGCAGUGAGCACCCAGCGGCGCUCCGGAGGGGAUGAGGCAGAGCCCGAUGGCAGCCCAGCAGCCCAUGCCUGGCUCCUCCAGGCCCAGGACAUCCUUCCUUAUCCAAGACAUCCUCUGGGAUGGAGUGCGGCCGGAGCGCGGCGGCAGCGCAGGUCUCGGCAGCCAGGCGGGCACGGAGGAGGCUGUGGUGGAGGGCAGAGAGGGCAGCGAGGCGCCGGGAGCUGCCCCAGGGCAUCAGCCCAAGGGACCUCAUCCCCUAGGAGCACCCCAAGCGACACCCCACAAGGAGGAUGAAGAUGCCACACCAGAGAGCCACCUGCCAGCCUGUGCCCCACCACCACCACUACUGCCAGCUUUGCCCAUCACACAGCAGCCCCCCAGGCAGCCCAAACGUUCCAGAGCUGCCUUCUCCCACAGCCAGGUCAUCGAACUGGAGAGGAAAUUCAGCCACCAAAAGUACCUCUCAGCCCCAGAGAGAGCUCACCUGGCCCAAAACCUGCAGCUCACCGAGACCCAGGUGAAAAUCUGGUUCCAGAACAGGAGGUACAAGACCAAAAGGAAACAGUUGGCCUCUGAAAUCAGCAGACUGGACCCGGGGUUGGCUGGGCAGAAGGCAGCUGAGCUGCCAGCAGCAUCCCUGCUGGCACUGAGGGGAGGUUGGCACUACCUGCCCUGCCUCUACUACUUGAAUGGUUGCAGUGCCUGGUGGUGGUAAUGGCUUUGGGUGCCUCGUGGUGGU